UGAGAAAGGAGCUUCAGGCGGAGGCGACCAACAGCGGGAGGCCAGAGGCCCCGGGGACGGGCCAGGUACCUGAGCCCAAGGACGAAGGCUCGGCCCACCUGGCGGUGCCAGGCGUGUACUUCACCUGCCCUCUGACCGGGGCCACCCUGAGGAAGGACCAGCGGGACGCCCACAUCAAGGAGGCCAUCCUCUCGCACUUCGCCACGGACCCAGUGGCCGCCUCCGUCAUGAAGAUCCACACGUUCAACAAAGACCGGGACCGGGUGAAGCUGGGCGUGGACACUAUCGCCAAGUACCUGGACAACAUCCGGCUGCACCCCGAGGAAGAGAAGUACCAGAAGAUCAAGCUGCAGAACAAGGUGUUCCAGGAGCGCAUCCACUGCCUGGAAGGGACCCACGACUUCUUUGAGGCGUCCGAUGCGGUGGAGCGGCUGAGCGUGCUGCGUACCAAGGCCAUGCGGGAGCGGGAGGAGCAGCGGGAGCUGCGCAAGUACUCCUACACGCUGCUGCGCGUGCGCCUGCCCGACGGCUGCCUCCUGCAGGGCCCUCGGCUCUGCUGACCUUCUCCUGGGACUCCGCGGUGCUGGAGGACAUGAGGGCUGCAGGGGCGGAGCCAGCCUCCGUCCUGAAGCCCGAGCUGCUGUCGGCCAUUGAGAAGCUCUCCUAAUAAAGGCAGGGUCGGGCCCCUGGGCAGGAGGCGACCGCUGGCCGUGGGGCGGACCGUGGGAGCAGUGAUUGGGGUCCUGUUCUGGUGCCCGGGGCAACACGUCGUGUCCCUGGGCCAGAGUUCUGGCACGUCUGCUCGGAGACGGCAGGACGGUGAGACUGGCUGUCAGCACAGAUGUUACUGCUGGACUGUGACCCCCAAUAAAUGGGCUGCUUGAACCUGG